UCAAUAGCGCAGAGCAGCGUCUACAGCAAAGUACUCCUCCUCACAGACUACCGUAGUGUUGUAAGUGUGUGUGUUUACCGGACCCAACGACAGACAUGGCAGAAGUCGCACCAGCACCCGCCGCCGCCGCGCCGGCCAAGGCACCCAAGAAGAAGGCAGCAGCCAAGCCCAAGAAAGCGGGACCCAGCGUAGGCGAGCUCAUCGUCAAGGCGGUGUCCGCCUCCAAGGAGAGGAGCGGCGUGUCCCUGGCCGCGCUCAAGAAGUCUCUGGCGGCAGGCGGCUACGACGUGGAGAAGAACAACUCCCGUGUCAAGAUCGCCGUCAAGAGCCUCGUCACCAAGGGCACCCUGGUCCAGACCAAGGGCACCGGUGCUUCCGGCUCCUUCAAGCUCAACAAGAAGGCCGUCGAGGCAAAGAAGCCCGCCAAGAAAGCCGCAGCCCCCAAAGCUAAGAAGGUGGCCGCCAAGAAGCCCGCCGCCGCCAAGAAGCCCAAGAAGGUAGCAGCCAAGAAGGCCGUGGCCGCAAAGAAGUCCCCCAAGAAGGCCAAGAAGCCCGCUACACCCAAAAAGGCCGCCAAGAGCCCAAAGAAGGUGAAGAAGCCCGCCGCAGCGGCCAAGAAAGCGGCCAAGAGCCCCAAGAAGGCUACCAAGGCAGCGAAGCCCAAAGCCGCCAAGCCCAAGGCAGCCAAGGCCAAGAAGGCAGCCCCCAAGAAGAAGUAAACCUAUUACAAACAGUGUUCUUUCUACUCGACACAUGUUGUUACCACAAAAGGCUCUUUUAAGAGCCACCCA